AAACAGAUGAACAAACUCAUUCUCAUAUUAGAGCAUAGUCAAAAAAACGUUCACUAUACAAAACCUACAAUCCUUAUAUUCACUACGCUUCUACUCAACCAAAACCAUUUCUUGAUUUCAAACUUUUCUCAAAAAAAAAAAAAAAAAAAAUUAAUACCAAAAGGUUUGAAGAUCAUCGAAUAGUUAGAAAGUUAAAAAUGGAGUCUGUUGUUUCUGAGCUCGAAGGAAUUCUCUUGAAAAAUCCUGAUCCUUUUAGUUACUUCAUGUUAAUGGCUUUCGAGGCAUCGGGGCUAAUUCGAUUUGCUAUAUUGCUAAUGUUAUGGCCAAUAAUUCGAGUUCUCGAGCUAUGUGGAAAAGGAGAUGUUGGAUUAAAAGUUACUAUAUUUGUUGCCACUGUAGGAGUAAGAAUAUCUGAGAUUGAAGCAGUGGCUAGGGCUGUUUUACCUAAGUUUUACUUUGAUGAUAUUAAUAUGGAGGCUUGGAAGAUAUUCAGCUCAUUUGAUAAGAGAUUUGUGGUUACAAAAACUCCAAGAAUUAUGGUGGAGAGAUUUGUGAAAGAACAUUUACGAGCUGAUGAUGUUUUUGGUACUGAACUUGUUGUUAGCAAAUCUGGUUUUGCCACGGGGUUUAUUAAGAAUGAGUUUGACUCGAUUUCAGAUCGGAUUGCUGCAUUAUUUGGUGAUGAACAACCUAGCUUAGGCCUUGGUUGUUCUAGAUUCCUCUCUUUGUGCAAGGAACAAUUACAACCACCAUUCUUGAGCACCAAAAAUGAGGACCACCACCAGAAUAUUAUCAAACCAAUACCAGUAAUUUUCCAUGACGGUCGUCUUGUUAUUCGUCCAACACCAUUUUCAGCUCUUCUAAUCCUUCUAUGGAUUCCACUUGGCAUUAUAUUGGCUAUUAUUCGAAUUUCCAUUGGCUUAAUAUUUCCAUUUUGGAUAGUUCCCUAUUUAACUCCUUUAUUUGGUGGAAAAAUCAUUGUUAAAGGAAAACCACCACCACCAGCUUCAACCACCAACUCGGGCGUGCUAUUUGUAUGCACUCACCGUACUCUCAUGGACCCUGUCGUCCUGUCCACCGUCCUUCAACGUAAAAUCCCAGCAGUAACUUACUCAAUCUCCCGAUUUACCGAAAUUUUAUCACCAAUACCAACAAUCGGUUUGACAAGAAUUCGAGAUAUAGACGCUCAAAAAAUCAAACGUCAACUUGAAAAAGGAGAUUUAGCCGUUUGUCCCGAAGGAACAACAUGUAGGGAACCAUUUUUAUUAAGAUUUAGUGCUCUUUUUGCAGAAUUAACCGAUCGUAUAGUCCCGGUGGCUAUGAAUUAUAGGGUUGGUUUUUUUCAUGCAACAACAGCUAGGGGAUGGAAAGCAAUGGAUCCAAUUUUCUUUUUUAUGAACCCUAGACCAGUGUACGAGGUAACAUUCUUAAAUCAGUUGCCAAUGGAAGCCACAUGUUCAUCUGGGAAAAGUCCACAUGAUGUUGCAAAUUAUGUUCAAAGGAUUUUGGCCGCAACAUUAGGGUUUGAGUGUACAAAUUUUACAAGGAAAGAUAAGUACAGAAUUCUCGCUGGUAAUGAUGGAAUUGUAUCACAAAAUUCCAGCACUAAUUAUGGGAUUAAGAAAUUGUUAAGCACGUUUCUGCAUGUGGUGGGCAUAAGAAAGAAGAUGAUUAUGAGCUUGUUUUAGUGAUAUUUUUACUUUGUGUAAGAUUUAAGUGUCAUUCUUUUAAUUAUUUUUUCCCCCGGAAGUGUUGAAUAAUGUACAUUAUUGCUACUGCUAGUGUGUAAUUAUUUUUAACUAUUUUCAUUAAGAGAGAGAUUUUGUAAUGUUUUUCUUUUUUGAUCAA